AUGAGACUAGAUCCUCGCCGGACGAGCUCAGGCAAUGGUGCCUUCCUGAUCUCUAGUCGUCGGUCUCAAUCAACGACAGCCCAGAUGGACCAAGCGCUUCCUCCACGACCUCGCAACCCUGUCCUGUACCGACUGCACAAAUUUCGGACCGUCCUGCUACCAAUCCUUCUUGUCAUGGAUUUCAGCACCUUGAUCUUGGCCGCCCUCUAUGCCUAUUGUGUGGCCAAGCCCUUUACGGAUAUCCCAGGCCGUCUGGCUGCGGACGUCCUCGCCGAAGCCAAUUCUUCCAUCUUUCGCAAACGGGAAACAGCACCCUCUGCCUUGACGGACGCUACUUCAAUCUAUGCAGCUGAAACACAGCCCGAAACCGCCCUGCUGUUCUAUGCUCUUACCAUCCCCGGUGUUUCUCUGUUCCAUCUCAUCCUGGAGCUCACCAUGCAUCACAAUACCCCUCGGCUCCUCUCCCUUCGCAAGGCCUACAUCGCCUUGCUUGCCACGUCCUCCCUCCUCAUCUGCGGCUGGAUCGUCUCACUGUCCUUCUGGAUGCACUGCGAACUACCCAUCUUCAACCAAAAUAUUGCCGGCCAGGCCGUGUGUCCCGUGCAAGUCAGGGGUCACUUUAUGUAUGGCAUUCACGAAGUGAGCAUUGCAAGGAUUGUCGUGGGCUGGGUUGCCGUGAUGAUGUACUUGGGCCACCUGGUAGUGGUGGCGAGGGGCUGGCGAGCGCAGAGGAGGAUUUGGAGAAUCAUUGGUCCUCAAAAAUGCGACGACAAAGACAUGGAAAUGAACCAUGGCGAGGCAAGGGUUGUUGUGGUCAAAUUCGGCGAAGAUGUGAAAGGAAAUGAUGGAGAGUCAACGAAGGAGACCAACGUGGUAUAA